AAUUUUCCCGCCACGACGAACAGAGUGGGGUAACGUGACUCGAAAUCAACUGAGUGAGCUGCGCCUCUGUGUUUGUGAAAUAAAUUCUUUUAAACAUUGUGAUCAGCACAAUGCCUUCUGCACAGGAUUGGAUUAAUAAUCCUUUGGGCGUCGUCGAGGGGAUAUUCGAACAGAACAAUUCUAAUCCAGAAUGGGAUAAAAAGGUGGUGGACUUCUUCAAAGAGAAAUUGGCAGAGAAAGAAGCCCAAUCAUGGGUUCCCUCACUGAACGACGUCCAGCCCCAUUACCUGAAGCCCAACAGUCUCGUGAAGUUCCGAUGCAUGGUGCAAGACAUGUUCGAUCCGGAAUUCUACAUGGGAGUCUAUGAAGUUGUGGACCAAACAACCAAGUCAAAAAAUUUGAAAUGUGGGAAGUACAAGGAUGUCACAGAAUGUGUUCAGGUGGACUUCCAUUCCAGAAACAAUCUCCCAUCUGAAAGACAGACCUUCUAUUGUGUACCAGUCCCCGGAGAAUCACCAUGGGUCAAAGAGUGUUAUGCCAGAUCUAGCCAAGCUCGGGUCAUCCCCUCCACAUCUUACACCCCUAACCGUCAGAAACGGAGCUACGACGAGGACGAUGACAUGGACACACAGUCACAAAGGCCGGGGGACACAAACUCCGGUCGUAAAGGCUCUGCUGACUCCCGCAGCAAUGGAGACUGCAAGCGGCAAGAGACGGAAGCCCCCUCCAGCAGUGGCAGCAGCAGUGCUUCCACCCCCAGCUGUGCCUCCCCUCUGGACCUCUACUACCCCUUACCGGGGGAGCAGGGCCCAGCCUGCCUGGUCAAGGUGUACGAGGAGUGGGAAAGCUUCAAACUCAACGACACGCUGGAGGUGUAUGGCAUCCUUUCUGUUGAUCCAGCACUGAGCGGAGUGGGGGAAGAGAAGGAAGUCUCCUCUCUGCUGGACCCUGAGGAGUCCAUGGAGACCGCAGAGGAGCAGCGGGCGCACAGCCCCCCUCCCUCCCUCGUCCCCCGCCUCCACAUGCUGCACGCCGUGCCCCUGAAGCACAACAACCCACUGCUGCCACCUGCUGCCUCGGAGGAAGUUGCGGCUGGUGUUCUGAGUGAGCUGGGUGCCACCAGGUCGGAGCUGCUGGCCUUCCUCACACACGUCCUCCUGGGAGACGCCCUGGCCGCAGAGUACCUACUCCUCCACCUCAUCUCCAACGUGUAUGCCAGGCGGGAUAUUCUCCCGCUGGGCAAGUUUGCCCUGAACCUGAGCGGAUGUCCCCAGACCUCCCCGUACACAGAGCACCUCCACCGCAUCAUUCAACAGCUCGUUCCAGCGUCCUACCGGCUGCCGAUGAGCCUCCAGAACAUGAACAGCAUGCGCAUGGUGCCGCGUAAGGACCACGUGGCCAACCGGCUGGUGAGCGGCGCCCUGCAGCUGGCCGGCAACACCUCGCUCUUCCUGGACGAGACCCAGCUGGAGCAGGGACAACUGGACACCGCAGGUGUGCGGAACAUCACUGCGCUGGGCAACCUGAUCUCCUGGCAGAAGGUUGAUUACGACUUCAACUACCACCAGAUGGAAUUCCCCUGCAAUAUUAACGUGCUGGUCGCCUCCGAAGGACGCUCGCUACUGCCGUCUGACUGCCAGGUGCAGCUGCAGCCCCAGGUGUCGCCCCCCAGUGUCGAGGAGUACCUGAGUGGGGUGCAGGCGGCCCUGGCCCCCUCCCAGAUCAACAAGUUCCGCCUCUACCUCACCGUGGCCCGGACGCUGGAGUACAGCAUCACCGAGGAGGUCACUAAGGCAGUGGAAGAGGAUUUCGUCGAGAUGCGUAAAGAUGACCCCCAGAGCAUGACUGCAGAGGAUUUGCACAGAAUGUUGGUCGUUUCCAGGUUGCUGUCCAUUAGUUUGGGCCAGACUACACUCCCCACAGACGUCUGGAUGAAGACUAAACACAUGGAGCUUUUGCGCAUGAGCAGAAUACAGCAACAGAAAUCUGUGAAUGGCCAUGAACCCUAGAGACCAGCAUCCUGAUCCCCCUCCUGUCUUAUAAAUACUUUUUUGUUGUUCCAUGAAACCUUUUGCUAAUGAAAUUGUUCUGAACCGAUGAUAAUAAAAUGUAUUCAUGUUUAGUAA